AUGUCAUCAAUCACAACGACAGAGGCCGUGCUGCCCAAGGCACCCGCUCUACCUCCCAGAAGCGCCCUGAGGGCCUCAAGGCUGCUGGCCACCAUGCCUCAGAAGCUUUCGGGACACCGACCCGUCCUCACCCCUGCCGCCCCUCAUCUUCUCUACCUUUCAUCCGAAGAGGAUGUUUCUUCUUCAGCCGACGACUUCUCCGACUGCGACUACACCUCCGACAGCGAGCAGGCGCAAGAGACACCAGAGCAGACAUCAACGUGCCAGGACAUUGCCCGCAAGGUAUCAGUCGUCUUCUCUGGAAAGGCCUGCAUCGUCCAGCUCUCCCGAAGAUCACUAUCGCCUAGCUCAUCAACGAGCUGCACCGCAAACGAGCUUACAAGGACGUCGACCGAGCCCAUCCUGAAGCACCGAAAGGCAUCUACCAGCUCCACGUCGUCGGCCAAGGGGGUUUCGCAGCACCCUCCCCGGUCGAGCAGCAUCAUGUCUCCCAUCAGCUUCGACGGGGGCUCGCCCUCGUUCCUCAACAUUGAUCCUUUCGCGACAAAGUCGGAGCCCGAAGAGCCGGAACCCCAGCUCCGCAAGACGGCGCAGAUGUUCAAGAGGACGCUUAGCCUGGUCAGGAAGCGUAGCAGGCCUAACCUGAACCAGUCGGCGUCCCUGUCUCGGGAGGCUCUGUCAAUACAGACGCUGCCCAUGGAGCAGGUCGGUGAGGACAAGGAGGAGAACCACAGCACUCCCCGGAACGCGACAUCAAUACCGCCCUCGAUUUACCAGGACGUGAUGGCCUCGAGGAGGGCCAGCAGCUACUCAGCCACAACGCUAUCGCCGGUUAGCGAUGCGGCAUCCCCCCUGUCACCGACAAAACGAAUUCGCCAGGGCUUCUUGACUCGGCGACGAAGCAUCCGAGUAUGA